AGGUGAUUCAUAUAACAGGAAGGUUGCGCCUGAGAGUGUCGCUGUCCCAUGGGCGGACAGUCCCUAGCCAAAUCAUGGGGCUUGUAGUUGUUGCUCAUGCUUUGCCCCCUCCUACGAUCAAUGAAGUCAGAAUCGACUGCCACAUGUUUGUUACUCGAGUAAACAUGGACCUCAAUAUCAUUUACUGUGAAAAUAGGUACAGCAUUUUGGCUUUUGGUUUUGUUUUGUUUUGUUUUUCCAGUGUUGCGCAUCUAAACAUCCCUGUUCUUCUACCACAAUACACAUUCUGGAGGAGGGUACUGAUUUCCUGUGAGGAUAAUGAUGCCAGCUGUACAGCUAUGUAGAAAAAAAACCCCCACCAAGUAUCUUCUUUCAAUCAGACGAGGGAGAACCACAUUUUGAGAUUUGGAAAACUGAGUGGGAGAUUGAUUGACUGAUGGUUGCCUAGAGAGUUAACGGAGGGAGGGAUGCCAGAAUUUAAAUGUUGCUUUUCUGACUGCAAACUACUGUGGUAACCUCUGGAUCAGCAGUUCGCACAGUGGAAUACUGGGGCCCUUGGGAGUACAUCAGUGAGUGCCUGAGUAAAAUCAUAACAGAAUCUACCCUUUCCCACCCCAUCUGCAGCAGCUAUUCACACAACACACAGGCAGAUAGGCAUAUUUUCCCAAGGGCAGGCAGUCAUUCAAGUUUUUCUUAAUUUUCUCUCAAGCCAUAUCCUAUAUUGGAUCAUUCUCAGAUGGUUUUUCUCAUCAAUGAGGUAGUACACCAUUUGUAAAGUUUGCAGCUGUACAUCCUUUCUGUUUUUUUCGCAACAACCGUUCAUUCAAGACACUUUUGGUACUGGCGAUACAAUGCUGAACUAUGGUUCAGUAUAAACAGUUUAAGUUGUCUUUAAUCCAUUACAAAACAUCAACCAGGUAGCUCUCUUUGCAGUGGGGCUUUACUUUAAAACACUGAAGUACAUGAGGUAUCACUUUUAGUCAGAACAGCUGCACCUUCUGUUGCUUGGCUGGACUUUCAAGGAAUAGGCCCAGUAGGUCAGCGGAGGAACCUGUGCAUGAUCGUGUCAUGGAAAAAAGUAAUACUACAGUUGAACAGUGGGGAUGUUUGCAAAGAAGCCAUGGGAAAGGCGAUAGUUAAGUUGGUGGUACAGGAAUAGCAAGCAUACACGAAUUGUAGAAACGAGAAGGUAAAAAAGUAAAAACAUGUUUCCCCCCGGUUUGGGCAAUAGAUUAAGGCUGGCUUAUAUGUCAAGCUACCAGGUUUAUUUCUCUCCUUCCACUGUGUGAGAUACAUGGGUCUUUUCCGUAGUGAAAUUCACGAGUUCUGGAGCUGAUAAACAGUUUAGAAAUCUCAACAAGAGUGAUGUAUGCAUCACCUUUCCCUACUUCUUUGUAAGUAGAGGUACACAAGUAAAGAUAUUUGGAGCACAGAGAGAUAAGCCCUGUUCUCAUCCGUUGGCAGUGAGUGGCAAAAGCAGGAUCACAGCAGCAUAGUCCCUGAUCUACAUGCAUUCAAUGGGUUGCUGUAACUUUGCAUACGAAGUCUAUAGGUUUGUCCACAAAAUAGGGGACUCCUGAUUUUUAUGGGGUUCCUGAGCAUAUGUACAGUUUGUAUGUGUCUGUAGCUGUAGUCAUGGCAAAGCCUGCAGCAGGAUUCUGUUCCCUCCUCAUGCAACACAUGGUCAAUGAACUUAGGUAGUUGUGUGAACACAGCUGUAUUCUUUCAGUCCUGCAACUAAUCAGAGUUUCAUGUUGACUUGAAAGACAUAGUACAAAAAUUCGCAAAUGAAUUUUAUGCACAUGCUACUGCACCUAUCACACAUCAGAAGAAAGAAAGGAAUCUUGGAGAUUGCAAUAUACUGUGCUCAAGCCAGAUGACAAGUCAGUAGUACGCCUUGUGUAGAAUGAAAUUGCAUGGUCAGGAGCUCUGUAUGUAAUGAAUAGCUGACAGUGUUUCGUAUCAGAUUUUGUUCAUGUUGGUACAGUGACAUGUUAAAGUGCCCUAGAGUACAGAAUUAAUAUUUCCCAAAUAUUAAUAACAAUGCAAUAAUAUAAUGGUUUGUGCCUUUCAUUUCCCCACUAGCAAAAUGCCAAUCAGUUUGGCAGGUGUGUUGGAGAGAAGUCCCAUGCAUUACAGCUUCCCUUGCAGGAAUACUUCCCUCCUGUGGUCUCAGUGGAGGCCAUGUCCCAGUAUCAGGGUUGGGAAUAUUUUUGUCCCCACCAUGAUGUUGCCUCAUUCAGCAUACUUACUUUUCUCUCAUACAAUUGGAUGACUAUUAGUCACUAGGCAAGGAAAUAGAUGUAUGUAUGUUAGAAGCACAGGAAUCACCUAGCCUUACCUAAUGACCUCAGGUUCUGAAGAGAGCAGACUUGGACCCUAACAGUAUCUAGUGAUGACAGCCAUUUAUUUGGUCCUAUGGAACACAAUGGUACCAACUGACAUAGAAAGCUACCAUAUACCAGCUCAGGUUAUUUUCCCCUCUAGUAGCCCAGCAUUGUUGCUCUGACUGGCAAUGAGGUCUUGGCCACAGACUCCAAGGUCUCGGUCACAGGCUUCCAUCACCUGUUAACCUGAUUUAACUAGGGACUAGCAACAUGAAAACACGUGCUCUAACACUGAGUACACAGUGGCCCUGCCCCUUCAUCUACAAACGUCUGUCCUGGCUUCCAUUUCUUUGUCAUGCUGGAAUGAUUUCCUUAAUUUUUGGAGUAUCUGCUCUUAAGUUUCUUGUUUUGGUGACUUUCAUUUACAAGAGCACCACAUGAAUGCUGAGCACUGAAACUUGGCAGUUUUCAAGAAAACAAUUUGCUUCUUGUAACUGGCUUGCCCACAUUUGCUCCUGCUCUUGGGCUUCCCAUAGGCAUCAGUUGGCCGCUGUGAAACAAAGAUGCUGAACUAGAGGGGCCAUUGGCCUGAUCCAGCCGGGCCCUUCUCAUAUUCUUUUGGAGAGGAAUGUCCUACCUCCUGUCCCAGCCAUACUAAACCUGCAGUCUGUCAUGAAUGAGAUUUGGGGGGGGGCUGUCCAGCUUCUCCUGGUCCACAUCAAUUUUAUGAGACUUAUAUUCUACCCCUUCCCAUCCUGCAAAACCUGACAAUUGACUGGAGACAAUUUGGUCUCCAUCAAUCUACACUAAAGUAUGUGUUAUCCCCUCUGGUGGGGGAGAAUAGAGGAAGCAGAGUAUCGUGGUUUCUCCUGCUUCCAGAUGAUGUAGGCAGCAGUCGUGUGUAUACACACACCACCUUUUACUUUAGUAAGUGAUUUUUGCCAGAUAGUGAGAACCUGCCAGGUAGUUCCCUAAUUCACUGCAAUAUUUUUAUCACACCUAGUUCUUACUGUCUCUCAGAGUGACUAUAGGGAGUAACACUCUGCUGGUUAUCUCUGCACUCUAAAUGUGUGAACCCUGUUUGUACUUUGAUAGCUCUAAACUAGUCUUAAACCUCUGCCAUAGGGGAGCAGCCCUGCAAAAUGUACCCUUGGGAUCUUCAUGGCUAAAUGUUUCUAAAAGAGGCAUUUGUGGGUGGCAGAAUUUAAAGCAUAAAAAUGAAUUAUGUCUUCUAAAUGAGGGUGUGUGUGUGUGUGUGUGUGUGUGUGUGUGUGUAGAACCUAUUUCAAAUGUUUGUGCAGACGAGGCUGAUUCACCCAACAUGAUUUUCAAUUUUGAGGAUUUCCCCCCCUCCCUUCCACUGAAGCCUGAGGACAUUGACAUCUGGACAAUCAAUGACAGAGACAUACACAUACAGAGAGAGGCUGAGCAGAGCAUAGAGCAGAAAGAGGUACUGAAAGGAUUUUAAAGUUUCUGUGUGGAGUAAACCACAAAGUCCCAGUUGAAAGAGCCAGGAGUGAAAGCGUUGCUCCCAGCUGAAUAAGACUAGAAAAGAGAACACCCCCAGGCAUCUGUAUGUCUCAGCAUUUAAAUUAUAUCGCUUGAAAUGUCAGUUUUGGACUUUGUGCCAGGAAACAGUUGAAGAGCCUUUUUUCCCCCCAUGAAUAUACCCAAUAGAAGACCAAUCUGUUGAAAUGAAAGGUAUCUCUAAUCAUUUAGCAUAAGCAUAGCAUGUUCUCAUUUUAUUAUGUAACCUUGAAAUAUCUUGCUCUUUUAAUGAGGAGCUUUGUAUUUUAAGGAAUUAUAUUAUCUUAGUGGCUGUUGUAUGACAUGAGUGGACCCAACAAAGAUUUGCUUUGCAUUUAAUUUAACUCGCUGGUAUCUGCAGCUUUCCUUUAAAAGAGACAAACGGAAAAUAUCACAAUCUUAGUUUGUGCCUCAUCUGUGCAUAGAAAGCAGCAAUGUCAUGAGUGUCCUGCAGUGAUGAAAAACAUUUCUUCAGAUGCCCAUUUUGUAGGAACCAAUCUUAGAAUUUCCUGUGUCCGCAGAUAAGAGCAUGGGCUAGGGACAUAGCAAUGUCUGUGCCAGCACAGUAGGGCAAUGUGCAACUGGAAUUUCAAGAAUGUCUUGGCAAGCAGAUACACACGUGCUGUUUUUGGGGUGUGGAUAUAACAUGAUGCAUUGUUCUUAUAUUAUUAUUGACUUACUUAUUGCUCAACUUAUAGGCUCUAUUUUCUUCCUUCAUAGGAUUAGUGAUUACAUGGAUCUGACCCCUGUAGAUAUCGUAGGGAAGAGAUGUUACCACUUCAUUCAUGCUGAAGAUGUGGAAGGGAUCAGGCACAGUCACUUAGACUGUAAGUACUUCAAGGCAUGUCAAAAUGAACUGGCCUUACAACUGCUCUUGAACUAUUCCUUGCAUAUUGUACAUUUCUUUGUGGUUUACCUUGGGAAUGGUUCUGUUGUAAAAUGCUCCCCUCCCCUCAAUCACUUAUGAUUGCCAAUGAGGGUUUGCAGUGAAACCCUAUGUGUCUAUUCAGAAGUAAACCCCAUUGAAUUUGACAGAACUUACCCCCACCUGAAUACGCGUAGGAUUGCAACCUCGGUCAGUAUAAAUCUUUUAAUUGGUUGACAGCUCUAGUCCUUAGUUAUCGUAGCUAACAGUUGAUAGACCUGUUCCCCGUAAAUUUAUAUAUUCUGUCUAAAAAGCCAUUUAUACUAGCGACCAUCACAACAUCCUAUGGCCCAAAAUGGGAUGCGGAAAAGAAAGAAUAGUUUUAAAAGGCAGAUGGUGCCAUGAGGUCUGGAGACUGCUGAGAACAGUGAUUUAUGAGUGUUAAUAAGUGUGGACAAGGCCUAGAAAGGGUUCCCCAAAGCAUGCAAGGAUCAUUCCUUUCUGGUAAAACUUUUCUGGGGUGGCAGGACAUGGUACAGCUCCUGUGGCGACUGGUUUUACAUUGCUUUCCAGUCGUGUAAGAUGGACAGGUCCUUUAUUUGAGAAUGCUUGUGAGAUAAGCUGACUAGUGAUACGACCCUUCAUACCUCAGCUGCUAUGCUACUAAUGAGUUUGCUAUUGCUUCAUGUAUCAUUUUAUGGGCACUGUGCAUAGUGUUGCAUGCAUAGUUAUCAGAGACUCAGUUGAAAUGUGAUCCUGAGCACAUAGGACAUUGCGCUGGUACAUUUUUAUACAACCAGCAUCAGAAGUAUUUGGGCCUGUGGUGGGUGGGAUGCAUUUGCAUUCCACCCUCAUCUUUGAUAAGGAAGAGUAGGGGAAAUGCUGUGCUUUUCCACUGGCAGAGCCCCCUGGCUGCAAUUAUUUAACAUAGCUGGAAUUAAUGCUGAGGAACUACUCUGGAGUAAACUAUUUAAAAUUGGGGGCCUCUUUACCAACUCCAUGCUAAAUUCCGGUCAAAUAAAUCCCCUUGUAGCCUUGUGUUUUUUUAAAAAAUAAAGGUAUUAGUAUUCUGCAUUCAGAUAACCGUAAGAGGGACAAAGCUAAUGAAUAUACAUCCCAUUGCUUUAAUAUAUGAAAAAGGCACUUUAAGAGGCACUGUUCUAGUACAACAGUGUUGCCCUGUUCUGAUUUAGCAAGUCCAUUUGCAACUGGGGCGGAGGGGAGAAUGAAUGGGUGUCACAUAAUGUAGAAGCAUAUGUCUCCUCAAUUAAUUGAAAAAAUUAAUGAUGUUCACUGAACAGUAACAUCAAGUACUUUCUGGCUGGGAACCCAGACAGGAUGUAGAGGAGUCAAGACCUCCAGAGGAUGUCAUGAAUAUACUUCUGGAUGAAUAUAGGACAAUAUACCAGGAUUUAAAAAAUGGAUAUAUUGCUUGUAGGAACAUUGUCACUAGCAUUGCAUGGCCACAGAUAUAAUAUGUUCUUUUCCAUUUUGGAAUCUUAAUUGAGGUCUAAAUUCAUAAACCUGACUCUGACAAAAAGAUACUUGUCACCCUUAGCUAUUGCUUGGAGAACAUCCUCCUAUUUCUUCAGGACUUGAUUUACAGCUAUAAGAAACACAAUUCUUUAGGAACAGCCAGCAAGGGCAGUUCAUUUCCCAUAAAGCAAAGGUCUCUGAUGAAUAUGUUUGGUAGCAUUCUCUCUGAUAUACUCCUAUUCGGUUUUCAGUAACUGAAAUAAUCCAGAUUUAUUUAUUUUUUAAAAAAAGGCUGCUUCACUACCAUUUUAUUCACUGCUUCCUUUUUGCCAAGCGAUCUUGCCCUUCAAUUCAGAGAGAAGAGUUUUCUCCAAAACCAGUUACACAUACGUACAUGGCUGCUUUUGUGUACAUUCAUUUGAAGAUUUCUAUUGACACAUUUAAUAUUACUUAGUGGUUCAGUCUCCCAGCUACAAAUGAACUAAGCCUUUUAACUUGUACAUAUCAAUUAUAUUUUUCUUGUUCUUUUAAUAACCUUAAGCACAUAAAAAAGCCAAGAUAGAAUGACUCGAUAAUUCUUGACAGUAAAAACACACUUCACAAGUUUUGCUAUCAUGCUGUGGAAUAACUCUACAAUGUCAAGUAGCACACAAUUAGUAAAACUGUAGGGGGAAAAAAGGAGUGUUUUGAUCCUGAGGAAUUUUGAUCCUAAUCAUAUCGAAAUUUCAAUGCUCUUGUAGUGCUUAAUAUCUUCAAUCAUAAAAGAAAUCAAACUGAUUCCAAUGUCAGCCUUUUGCAUUUUGUGGCUGCUGUGAAAUGCUAAAAUAUACAAAUGAAUGUCACUGUUGUACAAGUUUAUGAUAAUCACUAAAGCAAAAGAGAUUGAUUUUAAAUUAAUGUGAUGGUAUGUCUUGGGUUUAGAUGAUUUUUGAGUGAGCUAACUUAGAAGUCAGACCAACAAUGGAGAGAGAAUUUAUCUUGCAGCAUAAGCAUUGGCAAGAGUAGCUAACUGCGGUGACUGGUCAGCCGGAGUAUCUACCGCGUAGACAGACAGCAGCACCCCUUCCCAGUCAGCAGCACCUUUUGAUGCAAAAUGUGAUAUUAUUGCAGUUGAAAUAAUAAUAAAAAAAAACACAACACAGAAUGGCACAUUGGUGGACAAAAGAUUCUCAAAACCCAUGCCUGCACAAUACCUUUUGCUGCCUGAAGUGGACCUAAAUGGUGCCUCUUCCUACUAGGAAUAACACUAAGUCUUGUUAUUCAGACAUGAUGUGGCGCUGCUUAAAAUUAGGGCUGUGCUGAAAAUUUCUCCCGCUUUCUUUUCACACCAACCCUUUUCACUAAUGAGAAAAGAAAUUGCAUGUGACAAUUGUUAAAGGGGGGAGAAUAUUUUAGUGUAAUUCCUAUGGAUGGGGUCCAGGAUUUUUGUUGCAUUUGCACUUUUUGAGGUGGCUGAGGGGUGUUUACUUUCUUACAAUUCACCUCACCAGUGAUCUGCACUCUGUACUCUUCCAUUUCCACACAUCGAUUAAAGUCCAAGGGAGGAGAAUGUGAGGUAACUCCUCUCAAGGGCCCUUUCCGUGGCAGGAAGUGCUGGCAGCCAGGGAGGCUGCAGAAUGCUGGAGAAAUGCUUGCUAGAAAGAAAUGCUCUCUCUCUCUCUCUCUUACACACACACGCACACACACACACACACAGACACGUACUACCCUUGACCACCUCACAGUGAUAAGGUAAGCGCAAAAACCCUCAGCCCCAGAAAUGCUAAAGAAAUUAAAAAGUGACCUGAGAAUAAGGCAGAAAAACAGGGGAAGAAAACUUUUGAGAAGUUGAAGAACAGAUUUCAGCAUAGCACUGCUUGAGAAAAGAGUUAUAGUUGAAUGUAAACACCAAAAUGUAUUGCAGCAAAAGGGCAUAUUGUCAACCACACAAUUCUUCUCCUUCAUUGAACACUACAUUGAACUAAGAGAACUCCGGGAAGCUUGUCUCCUGGUUUCUGCUCAAUUUAACUUAAAGUCCAUCUGAUCUCUUUGGAGUCUGCUUACGCAGAAUGGUUUGAGGGGGAAAGAAAUGGAAGGAUGCCUGGAGCAAGUGGCUCAAAAAGGGGGGGGAGGAGGUGAUCACUUUGGCUUUGUCCACUUGGCAAAGCCUCAAAUAUUUCUCUGAUACUGUUCUGUCCCUUCCCAGUCAGCAGCACCUCUGUCCAGAAUGCCAGGGUUCAUGUUAGCGUUCAGCGCUGCCAAGUCUCCCCAGAGAAGGUGCAGAGGGAGCAGGGCCCCCAAUACUCUGCCAAUUAUCCUAUGGAUCCAGACAUCCUUGCCCUGGGACUGGAGCUCUUCACACCAGCUGCCCAGGUUCCUGGUCAGCUCUGAGGCCCUCCUUCAUCUUCCUCAGGGCAACAGGCUCAGAUAAGACAAGCCAGGCAGGACCUCAGGGCUCCUGUCUUGUGGGUGGCACCAUAAAUCAUUGGCCCCCUCUCCUGGGUCAGUCCCCUGGCCCCCUGCCUCUGUCACAGACUCCUCAGAGCUUUGCUAGUCCCUGACAUCUAUUCUACCAUUGUGCAAGCACUUGCGGGUGCAUUAUUAACUAGUGGUCAUUUAUUUCCCUUCUCCUUGCUGUUCUUUGGAGCCAACCCAUUUGUAAGAAAAGAGAUAGCUCAACAGAGGUUUCGUAGGGAGUUAUCAUUCACACAAAGUUUGGUUGUUACCCUGCACCAAACUUGCAUUAUUUCAGAAAUUAUUAUAAUAGUAUCAUUAUUAUUACAUUUACAUCCUACCUUGCCUUCAAGGAGCUCCAGGUAGCAUAAAUUGUUAUACCUGCCACCUUACAACAACCCUGUGAGGUAAAUUAUACAGAGAAACAGUCACUGGCCCUAAGUCACCCAGUGAGGUUCGUGCCUGAGAGGAUUUGAACCCUGGUCUCCCAAGAUCUUAGUCCAGUACUCUUAACCGCUACACCAUACUGGCUCUCCAUGGUGAUGGAGAAUGCUUUUCCGAGAUUAUAUCAUCCCUAAGUAAGGCCACAAUCACAUUUAUGAACAGCUCCCGUAAUGUAGAUAAAACUGCAUUCAGGGACCAGUAGCUAUUGUAUGUUUCCUACGCAUCUCUCCAGUCUGUUUUUUUUUGGGGGGAGAAAGGAGAUGAUGCAUAGGUGGUCUCUCUGGAUGCUGAGCUCAUAAUUCAUUUAGUUAUCAAGCAUAACAGAAGUUUGCUAAAUAUUGUGUGGGCAUGUUUUUUUAUUAUAAAAAAUCAAUUAGCAGUUGCCUACUAUUCAAAACAUCUAGCUCACUAAUUAUGAAAUCUGUAGAAAAGAUAAACAUCAAAGGCUCUGUUGAUUCUGGGAGCUAUUAUAUUUUAAAAAUACUGUAUCUGUUUCAAACAAAUAAAGCACUUAAUGUACUCUUUCUGCCUGUGAUGCUAUUUCCCCCAUGGGUUUUGAAAAUGACCUUCCUGUAAGCAUCAAGGACUAUAACUUUUCAGAUAGAGAAACUUGUUCUUGUUUUAAGUCAGUGCCAGGUAUAUCCCCCUAUAGUGCACAGUUUUCAAAAGCAGAAGAAAAAGUAAUCCAGAAUUUUUCUUUAAAAAAAGAGGAAGAAGCACUACUCUGUUUCCAGAAUGAAGUUACCCUGUCAGCUUGCCUUGGGCCUUAGGUGGAGAAGAGGAGAUUAAAGAGUCAGUAUUCCUUUUCAUGUUUCAUCUGCCAGUUUUGUGAAUGUAAAAAGAGAACUGGUAUUUACAGCUAGGUAUCCAAUUGUGAUGCUUUUCCGCCUCCUGAUAAAUUAACAAUAUUUUCAUAGCAGGACAAAUUGAAUAUCAAUGUUCCCUACGCUCAUUGAUAAGGUUAUUUUUGCAGAAGGAAUAAAUAGCACAGAUUCAGCCUCCAAAUUUCCUCCACUAUAAUGGGGCUUUGUGAAGGCAGCGAGGAUGUGAAGGCUUCACUGUAAGCUGAUCUCAUCAUUUCCUAUUUACUCUAUACUUACCUGAAUACACAAUAUACUGUAGCUUUUAAAUGCAUUUGUACCCUAGUGAAAUGUCCUAUUGUAAGCUGUUUCACUUUAAAAGACUGCUUUUGAUAUGAGAUUUCUUCAUCUCCUCUUCAAACUGAAUUAAACUAUUUCCUUCCCAUAAAACACAACUCGCUCUUUAGAAAGCUUUUGGCUUUGAUUUCUCAGAAGAGCCUUACAGGAAGAAACCAUGUUCUUUUUUUUAAAAAAACACGCAUUUCUGGGAACAAACUUGUACUGACCUGUUUUGUUUUACUCACAAAAUUAGAUGCCUGGGAAGAACGUGAAUUUCUUUUGCUGUAAUUUCACUGCUUGCAAAAUUCCAAAACAAAGCUAGCACCCCUUUGCUAGAAGUGGUGUGCAGCCCUUUGCAGUAUAUUUGCCCCAAGAUAAAUCAGUCUAUAGAUUUUGUACUCCCUUCAUAAAGCGCUUCUUAUGCAGUGUGCAUUUUGCAUGCUAACAAAAUAAGUGAUAACAUUGUAAAUGGAUUCAACAAAAUCUUGCAACCAGUUUUUAGCAAACAUAAAUGUAUAGAUAAUGCAAAGGUCUCUUCCAAGAGAAGGUCUGCUCUUGGUUGGUAAUUGUCUUUGAUUAAAUUGGCUUCAUUUGGUAUCAACUUUGGAAACAUGAUUUUGUUGCUGUUUUGGUCAUCCCAUUGUCUACAGUGACACUCACUGGUGGCAUCCCUAUAGCAAAAAUUGUUAUAAAGUAAAAGACAUACUCCAGAACCCUAAAUUGCUUUAGCCAUGAUGGCUUCCUCUUCUCUCCCCCACAUACAUUUAAAUCCCCUUAAUAUAACUGUUGGUUUACAUAGCUAUGAAAAGAGGAAUGAGCACCAGCUUUGUAAAAAUACAGAGCUGGUCACAUCUAUGUAAUUUCAGUGAUGCCUGAAACAAAAUGGUUUUCUAAAAUAAAAGUUCACAUGUGUUCCAGUACUUAUCCCACACCAUGUCUGUUUUCCUAAUGGUAACAAGCAUGCAUUUCAAAGGGAAGCUAUGAGAAUUAAUGGUUUAAUCCUAUGAAUGUCUACAAUGGGACUUAGCUCAAAAUAAGUAUGUGCAGGAUUGCAGCCUUCAUUAUUAAUUGCAAGGGAGGCAGCAUUUAUGAAGUUCAAAGCUAUGUAUUUGAAGGAGGUGCACUCUUGCUGCUUCCUAAAACUCCAAGGUCCUUGUUUUCUCAAAUGCGCACACAGUCACUUGAUUAUUUCAUCAACAGUUGAUCAGAAUCCUGAACUGCUGAACUAUUUUGCUGAACGGAGAUAUUCUAAGACAUUAAAACAUGUAGGGAAGCCUUUCCUCCAAUUUUUUUUCUUCCCAAACCUCAAUCAGAACAAUUACAAACUCAGAAGAAUUUGCAUAAAAUUGCUGUUUCAACACAGAUGCAGCCGUGGUUUGACAGAAAAGCUUUACAGUAGGUAGUUAGUAUUGUGCCACCUUUUUGCUUAGCCAGGCAGUUUAACCACUCCGUGAAUGAGAAUUGCUCCUCAGACAUGAAUACAAAAAAGCAAAAGAGCCUUUUGAUUAGAUAUAAAUGCAGAAAUCUGGUCAACUUAUAGCUUGUUUACAAAACACUAUAACCCAAAUUGCAAAUGUUUGCUGCUGCUACAAAAUAGAACAGACUGAACUUGCUGUCAAUUUAUUGUAAUGUCAAAACACUUUGUCAAAAAGUUUUUCGAGUCAAAAUAAAAUGCAUAUACAAGUUUGCCAGUUCGUUGGCUCUCUCUCGUUAUAUGAAGAGGAAUCAAAUUUUGCAGUGCAUGCAUCAGGGCAAGCAUUUCAGGUGACUAUGCAGAACAAUUCCCCCACUCUUCCCCCUCCAUGCUGUUCUGGGGGUUCAUCUGACCCAGCUGGACCAAUUUGGGAGUCCAGAGGGGGAAGGAAGGGGGAAUCCCCAUUGUACAAGCGGACAUCCUUGUGUGAGCUUCUACUGACAGGGCUUAUUAAUUGAAUCCCACCCAUGGAAAAUAUGUGAUCACACCUUCCAUUAAUAAAGUUGGUACCCUGCAUGUGGGUGGGCUGGGUCAGUGAACCCCCAAGCAGGGAAAAGGAUAGGACUGGACAAGGGUGGGACACCUAAGGUACCCAGAAAAACCCAGCUUUUUAAUAACACAGCUUCAUCAGGUGGGAUAGAUAAAGGCAAGAAUUGGUAUCUAGCUAAGGCAGCAAGAUAUUCUGAAGUGUAGGCCAUGGCACAGGGAUGGCACCCGGGCUUUGCUUCAGGCAAAAGGUCUUGGGCCAGCCCUCACCCCCAAAAUGCUGCCUACUAUACAGGGAACAAUUCUUUCUUUGAAAGGCUGCCUUUUUUAAAGACAGAGGCCGUUAGAACAGAGAGCAGGGGGCUUGAAGUUGCCCAUUGACCAUUAGCUAGCAUGUGGACAGCAGAGGGAGCAAGCAGCUGGUCACAGUCUUCCCCACUACGGUGAGACAUUGUCAAGAGCCCUGUAGUGCUGUUGGGAUUGGGUUUGGAUUGGCAGGUUCUGAAGCAGCAGGAGGACGAAGAAAUGGGGGGUGGCCCUGAAUGGUGGGAAGCUGGGUUGGAGGAGGAGGACCCUCCCCUCAGCUGCUUCAGAAGGGGGGGAGUGGCAAAGGGUAAGAAGAGGUGUUGGAGAAAAUUAGAAGAGAUAAAUACAUAGAAUUAAAUAAGUGGGAAUAGACAUGAAGGGAGUAAAAGCAGAGAGCUGCUAUAUAGGAAGAAGACAUGAAGCAAGGAGGGAAGAUGAAAGAAACAGUUUGGGGAAUAAGGUUAACUGUGAAAGAACAGGAUCAAAAAUAACAGGAAUUGAGGAAAAAUACUUUGAGGGGCAUGGGGGGGGGGAACCAGAUCCAGGCACUGCUGGAGGAAACCAAUUUUCUAGAUCCAUUUCAGUUAAGGUUUAGGCCUGGUUUUGGCACAGAAACUUUUUUGGUCGCCCUAUAUGAUGACCUCUGUGAGGAGAGAGACAAGGAAAAUGUGUCCCUGUUAAUUACCUCUCACUGGCUUUUGAUACCAUGCUAUCCUUCUGGAGCAGCUGUCUGAGUUGGCGGGUGGCACUGCUUUGCAGUGGUUCCGGUCGUACUUGGAUGGUCAUUUCCUGAGGGUGAUGCUUGGGGAGUCCUCUUUGACCCCAUGGAUCCAUCAAUGUGGGCUUCCUCAGGGUUCAGUUUUAUCCUCCAUGCUCAACAUCGACAUGAAACCAGUGAGUGGCAUCAUCCAGAGUUUUGGAGUAUGUUGCCAGCAAUAUGCUGGUGCCACACAGCUCUACUUCUCCUUUACAUCUGCAGAUGUGGCAGUGGAUGUGCUGGGCUGUUGUCUUGCCUCAGUAAUGGACUGGGUGAGAGCAACGAAACUGAAACUCAAUCCAGAUAAGACCGAGGCACUGUGCCUCUGCUCUUUUUGACCUAUAAAGCCUUAAAUGGCUCAAGACCACAAUACCUCAAGGACCACCUGUCUCCAUAUGAACCAGCCUGGACCCUGCAAUCAUCAUCUGAGGCUGCUCUUCAUGUGCCUCCGCUACAAGAGAAAUGGAGGGUGGCAACACAAGAAUGGGCAUUUUCUGUGGUGGCUCCCCAUUUGUGGAAUUCUCUCCCCAGGGAGGCUCGCCUGGCACCUUUGUUACAUGUCUUUAAGUGCCAGACAAAAACAUUCCUCUUCUCCAGGUUUUUGGCUAAUUAAUCCAUCUAUGGCCCUUUCAACUCUGUGUGGGGAGGGUAUUGGUUUGCUAGUUACUAUGCUAUGUAUUUUUGUGUUUUUAUAAACUGCCCUGUGAUCUUCAGGUGAAAGGUGGUAUAAAAUUAAUAAUAAUAAAUUAAUAAUAAUAAUAAUAAUAAUAAUACCCAUCUCCACUUACAGUCUCUGGUGAAGCAAAUUAUGGUGGACUUAAGUCAUCGGCCCUUGAAAACCCAUGCUACAAUGGGGAUGGUUCCAUUUCAUCUUAAAGAGUUUUUGGGAAAGAACUGGUGUUGUGUUAAAUUUGGAAGUGCAGAGGCUCAUCGUGACAGUGUCUAUAGCCAUGCAAGAAGGCGUCUUGAUCUAUUACUGUGUGUGUCUGUGUGUGUGUGUGUGUGUGUGUGCGCACACACACACACACACACACCAAAGACCAACAGUAUAUAGCAAAACGCCUGAUGUGUUAAGAUCAGACGGGAUGCUAUCCUUUACGUAGCUUCCUGGAAGUAAGUUCCAUUGCGCUCAGUAGUGCUUACUUCUGACUGCAAAUGCCUGGAGAUUUGACAAAGAUCUUCAGCCAGCUGAAUUGCAACCUUUAGCUUUUAAUAAGAAAUGCAAACAGUCUUGCAAAGGGGUUGUUGUCAUUGAAGCUGAAAUUGGUAUAGGAACUCCAUCCAACAAAAGAAACACCUAGUCUCUGCUUAAUUAUUUUCCUCAUUUUCUGACUUCCUCUGUCACAAACAAAAUUAUUCAUUUGCAGAGCAAGGAGUGAUGUUUCAGCCCCCAAAUGCUAUUGGGAGUGCUGCUUGUGUGCCUUGAACUCAGCUGAUGAACACUGCUUGCUGUAUAUCAUGCCUGAACCUAAGACAAGACCUGGCUAUAGUUUUGCAAGUGAGAUGGAGAGUAAUAGGGACUGGACAGCUGCCACUGCAGCAGCUUAGCUUGAACCCAAGUACUUCCUGGUUUUAGCAGCGGGCAGCUAAAACACCAGCUUGUGGGGGGCUGAGUCUAGAAGUAACAGCCACAACCCAUUUGCUGGAGGUAAAGAGCCUGAACAGAGGGGGUGUAAUGGGAGGUGCUCCUAGAACCAGCUGGGAAACAUGGGAUCCUGUGUGAAAAGGGAGCAUAAAAAAUAGAAAAACCUCAUUCCCUUUGCCUUCCUCUUCUUCUCUAUGAAAAUAAAACCGCAGUUCCACACUUGUCUAGAUUUUGAUGCUGAUGCAAACCUAGCCUCACAUGAACAUGCCCAGGUUUUGGUGCUGAUAAACACAGGUUGUUUUGAUACCGUUUUCUUGAUUUGAAGGUACAUCUAAUUUUAAAGAUGCAGUCCCAGUUCCGAGUUUGAAGUUUAACAGGUUUAAAUACAAUUCCUACUCAAAGUGACUUCUUUUACUCGUCUUUUCUUACCCUCCCCCCCACCCAAAAAAAAAAUCAAAAUGUACUUCAUGAAACUAUUGUAUAUGAAGCACUUAUUAGCCAUAAUUAAAUGGACAAUAUGAAUUUACUACGUCUUUAGGACUCUGGCUUGUUCUGGUUUAGAGCAAGAUGAUUAAUGCAAAUACAUAUUACUUGAGAUAACCAUUUAGCAGCUAAUUUAGCCAAAUUUAUUACAGCAGUUAGAGGUUUUUCAUUUUAGCAGACGGAGACAAGGACAUGCCAAAAGCAGAGAUGUAUGUGAAUGCACACUGCCCUCUAGCGUGCAAGACUUUGCCAGAUUAAGAAUAAAUACAGACGAGAGGAAGAAAUACGAGCUGAAGUCCUAAGAACAGCAAACUUGUUCUUUAAAUCCAUGCCAAACACACACUACUUCAUUCCAGCGGGUGAUGUAUAGCUUUCUCCCCUUUCAUGGAGACAAACGUAUCUAGCUACAUAGCCCGUUUUCACUUGGCAAGGUGCUGGUCUGAAGAACAUUUGAACAUCUGUACGUAUAUUUAAGCAUUUUCAAGCACAGUGAUUGUUUUCACUUGUCCUUCCGUUUCUGGACCAAUUUCAGACACCGUGCAGAGACUUUUGGCUUUAACACGCUCAAUUCUUCGACUCCCUUAGGCCACAGUUCCUUCCACAGCUCUUUGGUGGAUUUCUUUUGCUCUGGUAUUAAGCAAAGUCUCGGCAGACAUUCCCCCUGCUGACCAUUGGAGAUUUGGUUCAUCUGAGGACUGUAAAUUCUGUUUGACAAGAUCAAAAGAAACAGAUGUGUAAGUUCAGUAGUUGAUAUCGCCUGCAAUGAAGAGGAAUGAUCAAAGAACUAGGGUACCGUAUCUUCCCAAACCUUUCAAAUAGCCAGAAUCUCAAAGAGGUUUACCCAGGAGCUAUGAAUAAAUCACAUAGAAAUUUAACUUUUUUUAAAACACACACACACAAUUUGAUGUUGAGUGCAUCGGAAAUGUCCACACAGGAUUCUUUGCUCAAUGAGUUCGUGGAGAUUUGUACUCCUUUUUGCUGCUCUUCACUUACGUGAGCUGCCAAAAGCAGAUUAAAAUCGCAGUACGGAUGGAGGUGAACCUUUGCUUCUCUGUCAGGUCUCUAGGAAAUGGCUGGAUUUAUUUGUCAUUGUAAUGUUUUUUAUUGAAUGUAGCAGGACAAAGGCCUCCCCUCUCCCUGUAUAUGUGUUGUGCUCCCUUUGUGGGGAAGAUUCUCCUUUAAGUGCAAUGCUAGCGGCAUUUCUUUGCUCCUUUUGUUUCCCUCAAUCCAGUGCUCAACAAGGGUCAGUGUGUAACGAAGUACUACCGCUGGAUGCAGAAGAAUGGGGGGUAUAUUUGGAUACAGUCGAGUGCCACCAUCGCGAUCAAUGCCAAGAAUGCAAAUGAGAAGAACGUCAUCUGGGUCAAUUACCUUCUGAGGUAUAGCUUUCUGUCAGUUCCGUUAUCUGCAUUUUUGUUGUCACUGCAUGAGUCAUGUUGAAUGGGCAAUGUCAAAGAAAGAAUAGAAGGAAGUGAAUGUUCAGAAGCGGUGUCCACUGAUCGUAAUAGAAAGAUGUUCAUAGGGUUGCUCGAUUCUGGACAUCUCUCAAAUUCCCGUCUUGGCUUUGCUUACUAAUGGCUUUAUUACAGAGCCUGAUUCACAGCCAGCCCUUGCUAGCAUGCUAUCGUUGGCUGUCAUAGAAUUCUGGACAAUAGCUUGUUAUGGUAUGAUUUUCCUAACAUAUUUUUAGCAUAUAUCCCCGUCAGGUCACUUUUGUUCACUUGUAGCUUCAGAAGACCUACUUAUUAUAGGCAUUUUUGGAGUUCAGAAGCACUGGGAGUAUGGGUGAAAUGCUAAGAUUGUAAGCCCUAUAAAUUGUAUAUAGGAAAACACCGGGCAUGCUGUUCCAGGAGAAUUCUAAAGUUGGCAGUACCUGCCUGAUCUGAGUUCUUGGUAGAUGGCAAAGAAUGUAAAGAGUUCCAUUUUACACAGGGUCUUCCCUUCCCAAUCUCAGUACUGUUAUCUGUAAGAUGGGAACAAUAAUGACCAUUCAGAUGUCGAGUUGUGGGACUAAUGGAAUUAGACUUGUAAAGUAGCUUGCACAGUAACACCCCAGUUCUAAGCAUUUGUUUUCAAAAGUCCUGCUGAUUGCAAGAAGGCUCCUUAGGAAUGGAGUUUUAAAGAGAGAUACACGGGGGGGGGGGGACAUGUGGAAUUGUUGAGGGUGACAAACAGGUCAUUUGUUGCCCCUUUCAAUCACUUUGGAGGAAGGCUAGUUUAUUUCAUUGCUGGAACAAUGGAUGGGAAAGGGACUGCAACAGCCAUGUUGAUUAGAGGAGACAGGAAAGAAAAGCCAAGUGUAUAACCAGAAGUGGGUGCCCUACCACGGUACUGCUGCCCAUCAUCUGAAAUCCCUUUAAGCUUUUCUUAAGCGGAGCUGACUCGUGGCAUCAUUGCAGGAGUGGGAGACAUGCUCAGCAUGAGCCAAUGUUAAAAGUUCAUAAAUACAGGCUUGCUUUUGCUUUCUAGCAACAUCCAGAUUUAUUUGUUUCUAUGAAAGAUCAGUGGCUCCAUCUGUGGCCACCACCAGCUCUUUCAGAGGCUUUCAAAUGCAAGCUUUAGGAGUGGUUGUAAGUGAUUGGAAGCUCUAAUGCUACAUAAACCUAGUUGGUUCUCUUUGUAUGCUUCAUUCCGUCUUCAGCUACCCUGGCAUUGAAUUUUAAACAGUACCGUUUUUGAGCUGAUUCACACGUUAUAAUCAACCACUGACAUUCUUCAGAGCAAUGUUGUUGUUCUUGCUGCUGUUGCUGUUGCUGUAUUUAUAUGCUGCCCAUCUCCCUGGGUUGCCCCAGCUACUGUGGGUGGCAUCCUUACCUAGAGGCAAACAUCUCUACCAGAGUUAUGCAAAAGUAGAGGUGGAACCAUCGUAAGAUGUCAAAAAAGAUUUGAAGGGGGUAACAAACUGUGCACUCCAAAGAUGGGAAUGACAGAAAAUGUUUUUGUAGAGACGUCAGUACAAUCUGGCUGCUUGGUUAACCACAAAUGUUCUGGUACUGAUACCUGAGCAGUAGCAGACAUUCAGGGUAGAAAUAUUGAUGGUAACAUUUAAAAGAAGUUUCCAUAAAACUUCUGCUGUGAAGAACUGGAAGGAGAUAACAUGUGUUUGCAUGUUUGCUUUGCUGUGCUGUUUAUUUGCAUGUUUUGCCCCAGAGAUUUGAGGAAAGCAGAGACGAUCAAGCUCCAAGUCAUAAAUUUGUGUUUAUAUUUGCCAUCUCUCCUUCUUUAGCAACCAAGAAUAUAAGGACACUCCAAUGGAUAUUGCACAGCUCCCUCAUCUGCCAGAGAAAACCUCAGAGUCCUCUGAGACCUCCGAUUCUGAAUCAGAUUCAAAGGACAACUCAGGUAAGAUAAGCAUUCAGAUUUUUUUGUUGCCUUGCAUCUUAAAACAGUCUCUGGCAGGGAGGUGGGGAGUUGGUUUUGCUUUUUAACUUCACAGCGUCAAAAAAGGAAAGUUAGGAAUUAUAGUCACAGACUUAUCAGUUGAUCUUGCCGUUCUCAUGCUACAUCGCUGCCUAAUGGUACUUUUGAAAGGUAACAAAAUAUAUCCUAAAAAUAUAAAUUCAGAGUACUCAUGCUUCUUUGAAAUAUCCACAAUCUGUAUGACUUCUAUGCAUCCAGCAUUAUUUAUUUAAUAAAAAAACAUUUAUAUACUGCCAGCUCAUAUAACAUGGUGAGACGAACCACAAUGCAUACAAGGCCAAUAAAGGAUAAAACACUACAAAAACAAUUCAAAAUAAUCAUUCAAAUGCCUGGCUAAUCAAGAAAGUUUAGGCAGGAUAAAAAAGUGUCCAAGAUAUGCCUGCAAGUAUUUAAUAGAGAGUACCCUAUUUGUUUGAGGGUUUGGAAUACAAUUAUAGUUCUUAACUUCCAGUGUUGAUUUGUUUCUUUUUUAUAUAUCAGUAGAGUUUGGGGGUAUUUGGGUUUGUUUAGAGCUGAACUGAAACUUCUCAGAAGAAAUUUUAAGGGAAGAAAAUUUUUGAGAAUUAACAUUUAAGGUGCCCUACACCACCCUACCCCCCACCCCUCAUAUCAAAGGAUCAUUUUGCUGAAUGCUGUCUGUCGUUUUUUGGUGGCAGUCACAAUUCCACACAGACCUGCCACCCUGCGGUGCCCUGGAACAUCACUAGGUCUGGAGCAUAGCAGCAAGGUGAAGAACAGCACCUGGGCAAAACAGCCCAAUAAAGCCCAACAAAUUUCCAGGAUGUAGAGAAUGCUGAGGUGUCAGCUGAGAGGAGAAGGAAAGCGGAGGUGAAAUUAGGCAGAAGAGGGAACUGGCCUGCUCUAGCACAGGGGUCAGCAACCUUUUUCAGCCGUGGGCUGGUCUACCGUCCCUCAGACCAUGUGGUGGGUCAGACUAUAUUUUGAAAAAAAAUAGGAACAAAUUCCUAUGCCCCACAAAUAACCCAGAGAUGCAUUUUAAAUAAAAGCGCACAUUCUACUGAUGUAAAAACACCAGAUAGGCCCCACAAAUAACCCAGAGAUGCAUUUUAAACAAAAGGACACAUUCUACUCAUGUAAAAACACACUGAUUCCUGGACCGUCCAUGGGCCAGAUUGAGAAGGCGAUUGGGCCACAUCCGGCCCCUGGGCCUUAGGUUGCCUACCCAUGCUCUAGCACUUAGCAGCUUGUAGUCAGCAUCCUGGAAGAAAAGACUGGGGCUAAGGGCCACACAUGCCAUGAAGUUAACCCCCCCUUCCUGCACUAUGUUUCAGGGGGAAGGAAAGGGAAAAGAACAUAUUACACACACACACACACACACACACACACACUAUAAAGCAAGGACAGGAAGACAGGAACCUGUUUCAGUCUGGGAGCCGCAUUCUCUUCUGGGCAAUCUUCCAGGGGCCCCCAGGUGCUGAAUUACACCCAGCACUGGGGGGGGGGGGGCUGACGUGUGACGUCACUCGGAUUGUACAUUGCAUGUGACGUCAGGCCAUGCUCCUCUUCCAACACAGUGCAGCCAGGCUGUGCAGGGUCGGGAGUGACUUCCUGUCAGGCCUCCUCAAGAUUUGGGGGAGGGGGGACCCUUCCCACCAAGCACUAGGGGGCUAUAAAAGCCUCCACACUGUGGAAAUGGCGCCCCUGCAUGGGCCACAUUCCAGUGGUGGCCAGGGCCAGAGAAUAAAGUGAGCAGAGCAACAGAAGUAACUUUCACCUUUGUGCAGUAGUGGCAGGCAGGAGGGAUUGGAAGCUCCAGCCCAGCCUAAAGUAAAUGCUUCCAUCCCACAGAGCUACCACUGCCCCUCAGAGAGGAGAAGCCCGAUUUCCAAGAGUCAAAAAUAGGCCUGGAGAAACUUCUGCUCUUGCCACUAUCUGCAUAGCCUUGUCCUCUCUCAGUCACAACAAAGUAUCACCGAAUUUUACAUAUGUGAUCUAUGGACACUGUGCCAUUUGAAGUAUGUUCUCGUUUCGUCUAUGUGACAUAAAGGUACCCCACUUCCACUCACAGUCCGGAGGGAGAUGAAGGGCAGCCAAAUCCCUCUCAGCUUGAUACUUGCUGUGGUUUCACACAUGAAAGGAAAUGCAUUGUGCCAGAUGCUGUUGCCAGAGAAAUUACCGGUAAUAAUAUCUCACUGGCAACUAGUCCUCUAAGUGGGCUUUAAAUCUUGCCUUCUUGUUCUUAAUGGUGUUUCUGUGCUUUUCUUUCCAUUCUUCAGAGGACAAUGAGAAUUCAAAGUCGGAUGAAAAAGGAAACCAGUCGGAAAACAGCGAAGACCCCGAGUCAGAUAGGAAGAAGUCUGGGAACCAGUCAGAUAAUGAAAUGAACUGUAACGAUGAUGGCAACAGCUCCAGCAACCAGGACAGCAGAGACAGCGAUGACAGCUUUGAAAAUUCUGACUUUGAGAAUCAAAAGGCCCCGGAGGAUAGUUUUGGCACUCUUGGUUCUAUGCAGAUUAAGGUGGAACGCUACGUGGAGAGCGAAUCGGACUUGCGGUUGCAGAACUGUGAAUCGUUGACCUCAGACAGUGCCAAGGACUCGGACAGCGCAGGAGAAGUCAAUGCCCAGUCUUCCAGCAAACAUCAAAAGAGGAAGAAGAGGAGGAAAAAGCAGAAAGGAGGCAGCAUGACCCGCAGAAGGCUGUCUAGCACCUCAAGCCCCAACGGACUUGACUCCGCAUUGGUGGACCAGCCCCAGCUGCUCUCAUCGCCAAACAGUGCCUCAGUGCUCAAAAUCAAAACGGAGAUCUCGGAACCUAUCAAUUUUGAUAACGAUAGCAGCAUUUGGAAUUACCCGCCCAACAGGGAAAUCUCAAGGAACGAAUCUCCCUACAGUAUGACCAAGCCCCCCAACUCAGAGCACUUCCCUUCCCCCCAAGCCAGCAGUAGUUUACAUGUCUCCAUUCCAGACUCUGUCCUCACCCCGCCAGGAACUGAAAAUACUGCCAGCCGCAAAUCUCAGUUCAGCACCUCAUCCACUUCCGCCUUGGCUCCCGUAUCCUCUGACCCUUUGUCACCACCUCUGUCCGCCUCUCCACGGGACAAGCAUCCUGGAGGCCCCAGCACUUCCAACUCUUUGUUGUACACUGGGGACCUGGAAGCCCUCCAGAGGUUGCAAGCAGGCAAUGUGGUGCUUCCUUUGGUUCACAGGGUAACUGGAACCCUUGCCGCCACCAGCACGGCUGCUCAGAGGGUCUAUACCACUGGCACUAUUCGGUAUGCUCCAGCUGAAGUUACUUUAGCCAUGCAGGGCAAUCUCCUCCCCAACACCCACGCUGUUAACUUUGUGGACGUUAACAGCCCCAGCUUUGGCCUGGAUCCUAAAACACCGAUGGAAAUGCUCUACCACCACGUUCACCGACUCAAUAUGUCAGGACCGUUUGGAAGUGCUGUGAGCGCGGCCAGUCUGACCCAAAUGCCUGCAGGGAAUGUGUUCACAACUGCCGAAGGACUUUUCUCCACUCUUCCGUUUCCUGUGUACAGCAACGGCAUUCAUGCCACACAGACACUGGAGCGGAAGGAGGAUUGAAAUAUGACCACAUACUGUGUUCAGUGUUAAACUCUGAGGCAUAGACUAUAUUUUAAUUUAGACCUUUAAUUCUAGCACUUUGAAUUUGAGCAGGUCAGCUUAUUCUCUCAAUAUGAUGGUCCCCAUUUCACCCCCCCCUUUCUCUUUAACUUGACUUAUUCUUUCAUGUAAAAGAUAUUUUUUUAUUUUUGCCUUCAGAGAGCUGAAGUACCAGUUGCCUGCCAUUUUGUCUUCUUCCGAGAUGUGUAUUUUUUUUCUUCCUUUGCAUCUUUAUUAAGAUGCCUUUAAUAUGUGUAUUGCCUCUGCCAUAGAAUACUCAGUGAUGUGGUAAAGAGAUUUUAAAGUGACAACCAUUGGGUUUACUUCAACAUGAUCUUGAUGUGAUCAAGAUUAAAAGAAACAAGCAUAAAAAAAUGUGCCCUGUUUGACUAAGUCAAAUGAAAAGGGGUUUUUUUGGUUCCUAAUUCCUUUAAAAAAAAAUAGGGGAUAGUAUUUUAGAAUUUUAUGCAGAGUUUAAUUCACUUUUUAUGGUUAAGAUUUUCUUACUUGCACAUACAAUAAUUUGGGUUCUUAAAAAAGUUAAUUUCUGGCCUGUGAUUAGAAUAUUAAGAUGGACUAAAUGUUAAUUACAGAAACGUUAACUUCAUUUCUAAAACCAUGGUGCUAUCAUUUAUUAAUCUGUAAUGUCUUCACACAAUACGCAGCUUGUGGGCUGGGUUUUUUGAAAGGAAUGUCUUCUGUACUAGUCUAUAGUCAGGUGCUGCAGUCUCCUUGGUUAGUUAAGACAAAAGCCCUCAUUAACAUUUGCUGCAGGACUUAAUUUUUUUACCUCCAAACUAACAAGCAUAGCCUCAUAUUAAAUUUAAAUGGAUCUGGAAGCCUUUUCUUUUUUUGGUAAAUGCAUGUUAAAUGAACAAGAAAACUCAAAACUGGUGUGAGGAUCAGUGUUUGGUUGUUUUUUUUAUUUAUAGGUUUUUACUGUUUUGCUUUAUUUUAUUUCUUUCUCAGUGUAACUGAGGCUAAUUUUACAACUCCCAAAUAACACUUCAGAGUAAGAGGGGAAAUAUAUAUAUAUAUUUAACAUGUUUUUUAUUUUUUCAUUUAAUGUUAUAGAGGGAAGGUUGUAUUUUAUUUUUAAGUUUUGCUCAUUGAUUUGUCUUUUGUAAUCCCCCUCCUUCUAGUGUCGAAGCCAAUAUGUUUUAAAGAAUGGGUUAAUAAGCUUGAAAUAGAUAACUGCAACUAAAAACUGCACAUUAAGUAUAAAAAAAACAAAAGAAAAAGAAAUCUCCUAUUUUGUCUUUGUUGCCAGAAAUCAAUGUAGUGUCAAACACUCCAAAUGACUGUCAAGUAUAAAUUCUUCUUCCACGCCCAUCUUUGGCAGCUGUUUGUUAAGGCAUCUAAUAACAGAUGUGAGAACUGUAAUGUGUACAAUGUGUAAGUGUCCUUGGCUGUCAGUCCCAUUGCAGUUUCAAUGUGUGUUACUAUAUGCAGUAUAUACUAAGCUAAUGUAGUUGUUUUGUCCUUUGUCUUCUCUGUGCUUUAUCUCUAGUCUGGAGUGGUUAAAGUCCCAUUCCUACAGUCCUAGUGAACCAGUGAUUCUUGGGGGUUAGUGGUUUUUGUGUGGUGGCCUUCCUCUGUAAUGUCACCUUAUGCUGCUUCCACUGUCUGUAUACCUUUUCAUUUCUGCUGUUGCUUUGCUGUUGUGUAUUCUCAGACCUCUCUCUCUCUCUCUCUCUGUCUUCCUUCCCCGCCUUCACCUUUUCUCCCCUGUUUCUUCCUCUUUCUCUUCUUCUCUUUUCCCAUUCUCAGAGAUAAAAGACUCUUAACUAGCUCAAGGUUAAUGGAGCCAUUCCCCCCCCCCACAGAGGAAUUCUGGGUAUGUCUUACUCUUACAGUGUGCAUCGCACAAUGCACUAAAGGGUGAUACUUAGAUAUAUUAAGCAAAGUGAUGCCAUAUAGCCUCAGUUGUUAACAUUUCCAGAGUCCCUUGUGCUCUAACUGUAAGUAGAGGGUGCAUUUCUUUGGUUUUCUCCCAGGUAGGUUGAUGGAGUAAUAUACAGAGAGCAAUUUCAAGUGAGAUAGAAAAUUCUUGCAAAGGUCAACAGACGUUGUUAAAAAAGGGAACCUGAGCUUAGGAUUGUCAUAUACAUAUAUAUAUAUAUUUACAUAUAUGUGCAAUGUUAAUGUAAUUUUAACUCAGCUGGUCUCUACAUUUUGGAUAACAUACGUGUUGUUGAACCAAUUUCUAGUACAGUUGCUAUAGAAUCUGAGGGGCAGGUCUGAGGGAGAGUGGAAAGGAAUAAUGUCCCAAAGGGGCAUUUUGGAUGUCACAAAUUUUGAUAAUGGGCUUUUAAAGAGUUAGAUUUGAAGGAUGUUUAAGUAGAUUUCAAGGCCAAGGGAAGCUGAUUUGGGCUUUCCCUUGGAAGCUCUACUCUAGCUAUUGAACAAUCAAAGGAGUGCACCUAUCAGCUACAAAGAACAGCUAGACAGCUGUUGUUGUUUUAAUUUUAUUUUUGAAUAAAUGUUUCUGUGUUGUGUCAAAAUGAUUUCUGGUGAUUUAAACUAACAGAUAAUCACAGCUGCUGUCUAAAUCCAUAGUGUUUAAAAUUACAAAAUGGAAAAAAAAAUCUUCAUUACCUGUGAAGACUGUGUCUGUGUUUUUAACUAUUUCUUGUACAAAUAUAUGAAAUCUUUUAUGAGGAGACUGGUGCCAAGUAGCUGAAUAAAGGGGAAAGGGAUUCUGUUCGUAUAAAUCUUAGCAGUGUUACCAACUCUACAAUAUAUAAAAAAAAUUAAAAUGUUAAAAAAUGACAGCUAUGGUACAUUUAUUUUGUGUUAAGCUAACUGAAUCUAACUUCUUGAGUGCCUGGCUUAUUCGAAACACUUUUUUCAUUGAUCAUUGAUAAUGCUGCAAAUCAGAAAUGUACAUACUUCAUUUACAACAGGGUUCUUUUUAUACUUUUGUAGAUUCUCAUACAUGUCAUACAUGGUUGUCUUUAUGUAACUUAAUUUUUUUUCAUCCUGCAGGUGCCAUUUUCAUAAUAAACUUCUCUUGGAUU